UCUCAAACCCUUCUCCAAUCUCUCUCCGGAUUCAAAGAAUGCGCAAUCUAAAACUAUUCGAGAGGUUCAAGAGCACUCAAAUCCACGCCUUUACUUCAUCACAAGACUCUCCUUCCACAAGCACCAAUGGCCAGAGCCCUCGCCUAAACUUCCUAAGACAUCCCAAAUCAACUUCCAAAUCGUUCUCUCGUUCACUUCUCCCUAAUAGCUUCCCCACGACAGAUCUCCUCGAGCCUCCUUUGGACUCUUACCUCAAACCCGUCGACUUGGUUGAGUCUUUAUCGAAUCUCUACAGAAGAAUUGAAUCAAGUUCUGAGUCAGAGACCUCCUCCUCCUCCUCGAUGCUCUACCUUGAGCAGUACAGUAUUCUCCGUAGCUUUGGGGACGCCAAGCUCUUGCGUAGGUGUUUGAUCAACGCGAGGAGACACGCUGUUGAUGUCCCUUGUAAGGUUGUUUUGUCUGCUUGGUUGAGAUUCGAGAGGAGGGAACAUGAGCUUGUGGGAGUUGAGUGUAUGGAUUGUAAUGGGUUUGCUAUUGAAUGUCCUAAGAGUUGUUUGAGUCAUGGUUGUGAUUUGAGUCUAGUCAACGAGCGUUGUAAAUGUUGUGAGGAAGAGUCUGGUUGUAGUGAUGAGAUUAAAGAGUUUUCUGGUCUAGAUGAGGAGAGUGAUUUCUCCUUCUGUGUUGGUUUAGAGAAGGCUAAGUGUGUUAGGUCACGGAUAGCUGCGCUUUCGCGUCCUUUUGAGGCUAUGUUGUAUGGUUCUUUCGUGGAGUCAAGAGCUUCUGAGAUUGAUUUCUCGGAGAAUGGGAUCUCAGUUGAAGCUAUGGUGGCGUUGAACAUAUACAGUAGACUCAGAAGAGUUGAUUUGUUUCGUGUUGAAACUGUCUUUGAGCUUCUUGGAUUAGCUAGCAAGUUCUGUUGUGACGAGCUCAAGUCUGCUUGUGAGUCUCGUUUGGCUUCAUCUGUUACUGAUCUCGAUAAGGCUUUGGCCUUUGUAGAGUACGCGUUGGAGGAACGUACGAAGCUGCUUUUGUCUGCUUGCUUGCAGGUGUUUCUGAGAGAGCUUCCUCAGUCUCUACACAACUCCAAAGUGAUGAGAUUCUUCUGCAGUUCUGAGGCAAAAGAAGGAUUGGCCUUUUUGGGUUCGGAGUGUUUGUUCAUGUUGUACUACUUGCUCAGCCAAGUAGGGAUGGAAGAGAAACUCACAACGGAGACUAUGCUUGUAUUGCUAGAGAGAACCCGAGAGUUUGCUCGCACAAACUGGCAAAAGGCUGUGGCCUUGCAUCAAAUGGGGUGUGUUCUGUUUGAGAGAAAGGAUUACAAGGCGGCUCAGUUUCAUUUCAGAUUAGCUUCAAGCUUAGGGCAUGUCUACUCAUUGGCUGGGGUAGCAAGAACUGAAUAUAAACAAGGGAAGAGGUACUCAGCGUACAAGCUCAUGAACUAUCUCAUCUCUAAGCACAAGCCACAUGGAUGGAUGUACCAGGAGAGGUCUCUUUACAACGUUGGGGAUGAGAAGCUAAAAGACCUUGAAACCGCCACUGAGUUUGACCCGACGCUGACGUUUCCUUACAAUUACAGAGCUGUGAUGAAGUUCGAACAGAAGCAGGUUAAAGAAGCAUUCGAGGAGGUUGAUAGAUUGAUUCAGUUCAAGCUUACUCCAGAUUGUCUAGAACUGAGGGCGUGGCUGUUUUUAGCCGUUGGUGACCGUGAGAGUUGUUUGAGAGAUCUCAGAGCAGUGCUGUCUUUAGAGCCGAAGUAUGUUCUGUUUGGUGGGAGAAUGAGAGAUGAUUUGGUGGAAGCUCUGACCAAGCAAUGUAGUGAAGUAGAGAGCGAAGCAGAUUGUUGGGUGAGGCUUUACGAUAGAUGGUCAGCUGUGGAUGAUGUUGGAUCGUUGGGUGUUGUUCAUCAGAUGCUUCAGAAUGAUCCCAGCAAAAACUUUCUGAGGUUUAGACAAUCUCUUCUUCUCUUAAGAUUGAAUUGUCAAGGAGCUGCGAUGAGGUGCUUGAGAAUGGCAUUGAACUUGGCUACUUCUGAGGCAGAGAGGUUGGUUUACGAAGGGUGGCUUUUAUACGACAUGAGUUAUGUGGACGAAGCUCUUACUAAAGCUGAGAAGGCAAUCUCCAUUCAACGCUCUUUUGAAGCAUUUUUCCUCAAAGCUUAUGUUCUAGCUGACAAGAAUCUUGAUCCGGACGAGAGCUCUUGUGUUGCUCAGGUUCUGGAGGAAGCUCUCAAGUGUCCUUCGGAUGGGCUACGCAAAGGACAGGCUCUGAACAAUCUUGGGAGCAUCUACAUCGAUUGUGGGAUGCUAGAUGAAGCUGAAACUGCAUAUAAGAACGCUCUAGAGAUCAAACACACUCGUGCCCAUCAAGGGCUUGCCCGAGUUUAUUUCAUGAAGAAUCAACGUAAAGAAGCCUGUGAGGAGAUGACAAAGCUGAUUGAGAAGGCGUUUAGCAAAGCAGCAGCCUACGAGAAACGGUCUGAGUACUGUGAACGUGAGAAAGCCAGAGAGGAUCUCGACAUGGCCACAACACUUGACCCUCUGCGAACCUAUCCUUACAGAUACAGAGCUGCCGUACUGAUGGAUGAUCAGAGAGAGACAGAAGCAGUGGAAGAGCUAUCAAAGGCCAUUGCUUUCAGACCGGAACUGCAAACGCUGCAUCUCAGAGCAGCGUUCCACGAGGCAACGGGAAACCUCUCAUUGGCUGCACAAGACUGCGAAGCUGCUCUCUGUUUGGACCCUAACCACACCGAGACACUUCAUCUCUACAGCAGAUCCAAGGAUCAAGCGUCACCCAUUGACAACACCAUUGUUGGCUUAGAUUAGUUCUAAGGGGACACCUAAAGAGCGGCUCCUUUCUCUUUAGUCUCCAUAUGUGGCUAUGAUCUCCAUCUCUGUCCACCAUCGUGGAGAUAGCCUAGGCAGUGCUGCAUCGGCUUCUAUUCCUGUGAUCUCUCUCAACUUCACCACAACCUUUCUCAUUUUUGGCCGUUGAACUGAGUAGGGAUUCAUACACUGCCUAACCACUUCCAACAAUCUCUCAGCAACAUCCUCCUGAAACGUUUCCAGUGUCGGGUCUACAAGAUCUCUCGCCGGCUUGCGUUCAAAAAACAAAGAGUCAGGGUCUGGGAGCCUCCCGGUAAUGAUUUCAAACACAAGGGCGCCAAAGUUUAAGACGUUGGUUUGUGGAUCAAGCAUUGAGUGUUCUAAAAGGUUCUUGCUCGAGGAGGAUUCCUUGGAGGGAGAGAUGAAGUCCAGGACAGAAAAAUCUGAGACUUUGGCGGCGUUAUCUUCGGUUAGGUAGAUACAAGAGGAGUCCAAAUUGGUGUGCAAGAUGGGUGGGUUGAGAUUGUGCAUGUGCUCUAGACAGUAAGCUAUUCCCAUGAAGAUUCUGAGUCUGGUAGGCCAGUCCAAGUGCUCCGCAUGUUGAGCUUCCAUGAAAGAUCAGUUCAACAGUUUACAGAUUGGAUUGUGUUAAGUUUUUAAAAGGUGUUCUUGAUGUGAUGGAGUACUUACAGUGCAGAUGCUCGGAGAGUGAUCCAUUAGGAGCGUAUUCGAAAACAAGCAUUCUGUGGAAGGGCUCGUUCUCAUGGCAAUACCCAAUCACAUUCAGAAAAUUCUUGUGGUCCACUUUUGAUAACUCACGAAUCUGCAGAGACAGCACAGUUAUUUUCCAGUGGCAAUGCCAAACUCUGUCUCUGUUCAAAACCAUCACACACCUUAUGUAGCAACUGUGUUUCCAUAGAGGUAGACCAGUUUGCACGAGAACCAGACGCGAUGGAGACAACAGCAAUUUCAGCACCAGUGGACAAAGUCCCUUUAUAGAUGGGACCGUCUGAGAAAGAGCCAAUGAUGUUACUGAAAUCUUCACAUGCUGCUUGUAGCUCUGAUAGCUGCAGCCUUGGAACAUCUGCGGCAGUGCAAAAACUAUAGAAUCAGAGAUAAGAAGGAUAGAGAGUAAAGAAUGAGGAGUGUAUGUUGCCUGUAAUAAGAGCAUCUUGAAGCUGGCCACUGCUGGUCCAAGGUUUGAUUGGAAUUUUCCGGGUGUGUAUAAGAAAGAAGAUGAUUAAUGCCACUGAGACUGUGAACACGCCAACGACUAUGCCCACGAUCAUAGAAAGAUUAAGAGUCUUUUUAGUUCUUGGAAGUGGAGGUGGAGGGGGAGGAACAGAAGGUGGGUUUGGAGUUUGUGCUGUCCUAACACUACUAGGAGGAGGGCUCGGUGUUCCAUCUUCUCCUGCUAGUGUUUGAGUUUCUGGUGGCGGAGGUGAUUUUGUGGAGUCCGCAAAUGCUUGAGGAGGAGAUGGAGGGGAGGCACCCGCAGCAGAACCUUUCCCCGGAAGAGGUGGUCUCUCUGCCAAGCUGCGACGGUUCCAAGUAGCAUCGGAUUGAAUCAGCAAGUGAUCUUUAGAAGGAUCAAAGACUUCUGCAGUUUCUUCAGGAAAUAAACUGUCACAGACGCAAAAGAUUGUAUAGAGAGACAGAGAUAAGGAUGUGGAACAAAGUACCUUGAGUUUUGAGAUUUAGAGGAAGAAAGGUGAGGAAGAUGAUGGAGAAUGCUGUUUGGAGAUUGAAUCUCCAUCUUUUAUUGGAACUCAUUGGAGAUUCCAAAGCUUAUGUGACCUUUUUUUAUUUUUCCUGAAAGAAGAAGGAACAAGAGAAAGUUGGAGGAGCAGUUGAAGAUUGAAGUCGUCUCUCAGGACAAGGAAGACUAAUCAACGGUUGCUACUACUCUUUCAACGGUUGUUACUCUUUCAACCAUAUUAAUUGAAAUUUAUUAUUAUUCCAAUCGUGACACACGUAUGGUUCUGUUCUGGCUCUAAUAGCCUAUUUAUGUUAAGGCAUUUGAUCGUUUUUAAUGCUAGAUGCGGCAUCCAAAUCUAAAUUCAAAUUUGUUCAGAU